AUGAUGGCGGAACACUGGCGACAUGUGUGGCAGAGCAGUGAAGUUCUCGGUGACUAUAUCUCUGCACAUCAUUAUCUAUUCGAAGGAUGUACAGUUCUUGAAUUGGGCGCCGGUUGCACUGGAAUACCGGGAUUAGUUGCUGCGAAAUGUGGAGCCAAAUUGGUUAUUUUUACAGAUCAUCCCGAAAGUGAAGAGGCCUUCAAAAUCUUGAAACAAAACUGUGUUGUGAAUAACCUUGACGAGAAUUGUUUCUUAAUAAAGGAUUUAGACUGGAAUGGUUCAGACCUUAAUCAGGUUAUGGAUGAUGUUCUUGUGUUGCAUUACAUUUUAGCAGCAGAUGUUUUCUACGAUAUUACAGUGUUUGAACCGUUUGUGCAUACUGUUGCAUUAUUAUUACAGCUGUAUCCCAAAGCGACAUGCAUAUUUGCUUAUGAAGAGAGGAACAGCAAUUGGUCGAUCGAGGAUUUGCUUCUACUAAACAAGUUAUGUUGUAGACGUGUGCGCGUUGUUCACACCGAUCUUCAUACAAUUCACAUUGGGAUCAUUUUCAAUAAAACAGAUUUUAUGGAAGCGUCGAGAAUAUUUGCUGGAAUCGAAGGUGGUGCAACGCAGUCUCGACUUCUUUUUAUUGAUGAAGCUGGCAAGCGAUAUGGCGAGUGGAGUCGGACUGGCCUAAAUUGCUGUCUUGAUGGAUUCGAUGUGGUUGCGGACAGAAUAGCAAAAUGGAUUCAAAUGGCUAAAAAAGAAGUUGGGAUCGUUGGUCCUCUUGCAGCUGUGGGAAUGGGCCUCUCGGGAGCUGAAGAUGAAAAAAGCAACCAAAGACUGAUUAACUUUUUGAAAGAUCAACAUGGGGAUAUUGCAGUCGAGUUUUCGCUGUCCUCUGAUGCUGUUGUUGCAGCUGCUGCUUCAUUCCAGAACGGUGGUGCGGUAAUCGUAGCAGGGACCGGUUCAGCUUGUCGAUUAUUAAAGGCUGACAGUAGCGUGUAUGGUGUUGGCGGUUGGGGACAUCAAAUUGGUGAUGGUGGUAGCGCAUUUUGGAUCGCAAGGAGAUUAAUUCAAUGUAUAUUUGACGAGGAAGAUGGACUUCAUCCGUCACCUCAUUCGAUUUCAAAAACAAAACGAUUGUUUCUCGAAUUUUUUGAUUUGUCUGACAAAGCCGGUAUUUUGGACAUUUUAUAUACUAAUUUCGAUAAAUCCAGAAUUGCAUCUUUCGCCGCUCACGUUGCUAAAGAAGCAAAUGAUGAUCCUCUUGUUCGGCUAGUUUUUCGCGAUGCUGGUGAGCAACUUGGCUUACACGUACGAGCAAUUUCAAGAAAUUUCGAUGAGGAAAUGCUCCACAAUGCUCCGCUUCUACUGAUUGGUUCUGUAUGGCGAAGUUGGGAAUUGUUAAAGGAUGGUUUUGUACACGGACUCAAAAGUAAUGGCAGUCGAAUUGGAAAGGUAACACUCUACACUCUUCUGGAAACACCUGCUUUAGGAGCUGCUCUAUUAGCAGCCAGAAAAAUUGGUAAAAAAGUAGCGUGCGAGCAGAGAACUGCUAUACUUGAGGUCCUCAUCUUGUGA